GCUGCGCGUGCAAAGGUGGAAGUGAGUCCUGAGUUCUAGUUCGCAAAAUUGCACCGAGAUCAGAUGAGACGUUUUAAGCAGCGUCGCCUCACCGCCAGUGACUGUGAAGCUCUGAGCCAGAGUCAAGAGGGCGCCUCACCCUUGACGCAGCCGUUCGGUCAAAGGCAGGGCAGCCGGAACACCCACCAAGGCCUCUACCCCACUCGCCGGACGAAGAAGCGUCAAAGAGGAGCUGGCCAAAGUCGCAUCACUGACUACUUCAGAACCAAAACCCGUCCCUCAUGGCAUCCUGCUGACAUGGCAAAAAGCGAAGAGGUCCAAGCCGAGGACCCCUUAGAAUCCUUAUUUGCUCAUGAUGACUUCCUCGGCUCUGAGGACUCCUGCUCCCUUCUUGAAGAUGGAGGGAAUGUGGCUUCCGGUAAAUGGCCAUCUUUCUCCCAGAGCAACCACAGUUACCAGGGAGAGAACAGCUCAUGGGACCAAGACGAUCAACCUUUCCUGGAGUGGCUGGCGGAGUGCACCCCAGCUGAUGGAAGCGUCAAUCAGGAAGUUGACGUCAAACAGGAAGUCGAUGACGUAGAAGUCGACCCUCUGCUUGACGCGUGUUUUGGGCUCUUGGGGACCGUGCGCUGGGACGUGCCCCAGGGACAGAUUGACCAGCUGCCGGACGAAGUCCUCUGGGAAAUCUUUUCCCUGGUGCCUGCCCUUGAUCUCUAUCGGACCCUGAGCCUAGUGUGUCGCCGUUGGCAACGGAUCAUCUCUGACCCAAAGUUCAUUCCUUGGAAAAAGCUCUACCACCAGUACAUGAAGGGUGAGGCCCAAGCUGUGUCGUCGGUUAAUAAAACUCUGGAGCAAUAUGACCUCAACCACGGUAGGGUGGAGAGCAUGCAGACACUUAUUCGGCGUGUCGUCGCCGUUAACAGCUGUCGCCUCCGGGACACUGCAGCCAUCCUCAAAUGCCUGAAAAACCACCCUCUCUUCCCCCAGGCAGAGAUCUCCAUCGUCAAUCGGCUGCCCGACUUCAAGAGCCCCGAACCAGAAUACGUUUGGGCUGUGAUGGUGGCAAUUGUGCUGUUUUCCGGAGGGGUCUCUGACAUCCAGGAGCUGGUGGCCUGUCUCUGGAGACCCAGCUCCACCCUCUCGCUAACGGACAUCACGGAGGUUUUGUACUGUGUGGCCACCCUGCUGUACGCCAUGAGGGAGAAUGAAGUUUACGUCAGCAACAGGAUUCACUACAAUAUUUUCUGCUGCCUGCAUCUGAUGGAGAACUAUGGCUCGGCGUUCAGAACACCGCAAUUAUCCAGCUCCAGUAACAAGCCUGUCAUGCAACUGACAUGUGAACAGCAACAGAUCCUGAGCCAUGCAGUCGCCCCCGGGCAGGUGGUGAAAAUCAUCGCUUUUGCAGGCACUGGGAAGACGUCUACUCUGAUCAAGUACGCGGAGAAGUGGUCCGGCCUCCAAUUCCUGUACCUGGCGUUCAACAAGACCAUUGCGGAGCAGGGCCGGAGGGUCUUCCCCCCAAACGUGACAUGCAGGACGGCCCACUCUUUGGCCUUUGCUGAAGUUGGCAAGCGGUACUCCAAAAAACUCAACCCUGGUUCGCUGACCUCCUUCUGUAUCAGCUCCGUCCUCCGCGAGCGCGAGGGGCAGUCUCUGUUCGUAAGGGCCAAGACGGUGGCCCAGACCCUCGCGGCCUUUUUCGCCUCCGGCGACGACAGCAUCAACGUGGAGCACACGCCCGUCUGGUGUAAGAACAACAAAGGAGAGAAGGUUCUCGUUCAAGACGACGAGAAGCGGAUCAUUGUCGGAGAAGCAAAACGAAUAUGGUCUAAUAUGAAAAUGCUGAACUCAACUGGAGAGUUGGCAUAUAAGAUGACCCAUGAUGGUUACUUGAAGCUUUGGCAACUUCAGACACCUUUGCUUUCUAGCUACGAUGUGAUCAUGGUCGACGAGGCCCAGGACUGCACCCCUGCGAUUAUGAAAAUUGUCCUUUCCCAACCAUGUGGUGUGGUUCUGGUAGGAGACCCACACCAGCAGAUCUACACCUUCCGGGGUGCCGUCAACGCUCUGUCUGAAGUGCGUCACUCCCAUAUCUUCUACCUCACACAGAGUUUCCGGUUUGGCUCCGAAAUCGCUUACGUCGGCGCCACCAUUCUGGAUGUCUGCAAGGGAGUCCGGAAGAAGACCCUGGUGGGGAGCAACCGGGAGGGUGAUGUCAGUGGAAUUGACGUGACGGGGCAGGUGGCCCGCUUAUCCCGGAACAACAACACUGUCUUUGACGAUGCUGUGAACGUUACUGGUCGAGAACCACCAGCUAAGAUCCACUUGCUUGGGGGGCUUAAAGCCUUUGGUCUCGAGAAGAUUCAUGACAUUUGGAAGCUCCUUCGUCCCGAAUUGAGACUGGAGGUGAGGGACCCCUUCAUCAAGCGGUGGGUGAAGAAGGGCUUUGCGGGCAUCAAGGACUACGUGAUGAAGGCGGAAGAUAAGCAGCUGGGGAUGAAGAUUGCUAUCGUGGAGAAGUACAGAGACCGCAUUCCUGAGCUGAUAGAAAGGAUAUCGCAGUGUCACGUCCACGCUCUGGAAAGUGCAGAUUAUGUCCUGGGCACCGUGCAUAAGGCCAAAGGGCUAGAAUUCGACACCGUCCAAGUAUCGGAUGACCUUUUGAAUGUUCCUAUUGCACAGUAUUUUUACAGAAGUUUUAAGAAGUACCGAACAGACACCAUCCUGGAGGAUGAAUGGAACUUGCUGUAUGUGGCCGUCACGCGGGCCAAGAGGCGCCUCGUCAUGCCCAUAUGUCUACGCCAUCUCCUGACCUUGGCCGGGGAGCACUAUGUGCGACCGGUGUUGAUGAGCGAGGCCUGCAAGGAGGCUCCCCUGCUGUGUUCGGUGGAGGAGUGCUUCAGUUCCCUUUCUGACGAAUUGCUCAUAGUUGUGAGGAGAAUGCCUUUUGUUUAUAGCGACGGCACCAAAGACCCCGGGGGUGUCUGUUGCCCCGGCUGCAUGGACCAGCGCCUGGGCCCUCUGGCAUGGCUCACCUUUGUCCCGACCGGGUCGUAUGCCAUGGAAUUCAGAGAUUACAUUUUUCGGAUCCCGGACAGGCCCUGAAACGGCUUUGGGUGGUUUUGAAAACUGGGCGAGGCUGCGCUCGGGUUGUGGCUGAUGGAAGGAGAAGGGAUGUGUGUGUCUGUACAUUGAUGGCGCUAUAAGUAAAUAAGGAACAAAUGCAAACCAAAGACUGCCGGUCAUUCAAGAGGCAGCUGGACAACCCUCUGUCAGGGAUGCUUUAGGGCGGAUUCCUGGAUUGAGCAGGGGGUUGGACUCGAUGGACUUGUAGGCCCCUUCCAACUCUGCUAUUCUAUGAUGCCAAUUUUGCCUUUUUGGUGAGAAGUGAUGUGGGCAUACUGCACUUUGGAGAACGCCGUCAUUGCGAUCCAGUGACCACGAAUCCGAUAGACGAGCCAGGAGAAAGCCAUCCGUAGGAAUAUUACUGAGCUGCCGUGUGGGUCGGCACCCCUCUUUGCAGUGUUUGGGGCAGAGAGAAGGGUCUUUUCGUACCGCUGCCAGUUCUUCCAUUUACACCUAGCUCUAACCACCGUGCCCGCUGUACCCUAUGAUACGGGUGGAGCUUGUGGGAGCCAAGUGGGCAAGUUUUAGCGUAAACAGUGGCUGACGUACUGUUCUGUUUGGACUGGCGGGCAUUGGGGUAAUGGCAGGCGAAAUUACAAGUACAAAGAGGAAUAAAACAAAAAGAUAACUUUAAGAGAGAUUGGCAAAGAUACAUCGAAUAUAUGAAGAAAGAAACGAAUAGAACAACUCUGGCAGAGGCUUAUAGGAUGCUCUGGGACUCAUAAAAAACAAGUAGAGUUUAGGAAAAUUAACAAAGGAAGAGACAAAUAGAAGUGAUCUAACAUGCCAGAAGAAGAGAUGGAAAAACCUGUGAGAAAGUCUUCCAGGCCGGGGUGGGGAGGGAAAAGGAAGGAAGAGCUAAAAAAAUGGUUACAAGUUAAAACUCGAAAAGUAAUUAUGUUUAUAAAUUUAGGAGGAGAAAAAUGUUACUUUAUAAUGAAC